AUGGACAAGUCAAUCAUUAAAGGUUUAAAUGAUAAAGUAUAUGAAAAAAGAAAGACUACUGCACUAGAAUUAGAAAAACUGGUUAAACAAUGUCUGGUUGAUAAUGAUUAUGCAAGAAUUGAUAAAAUUAUAAGCGAGUUAUGUAGAGAUUACGCGUACGCCCUGCAUCAACCUAUGGCGAGAAAUGCUGGUUUGAUGGGUUUAGCUGCUACAGCAAUAGCUCUGGGGUCUAACGAUGUUUCCAAAUAUCUUAGGAAUAUUCUGCCCCCAGUUUUGGCUUGUUUUGGUGAUCAAAACGAUCAAGUUAGGUUUUAUGCUUGCGAGAGUCUCUACAACAUUGCUAAAAUUUCAAAGGGUGAGAUUUUAGUAUAUUUUAACGAAAUAUUUGAUGUAUUAUGCAAAGUAAGUGCUGACACAGAAAACUCUGUUAGAGGUGCUGCAGAGCUAUUGGAUAGAUUAAUAAAGGAUAUUGUUGCAGAAAGAGCCUCUAGUUAUAUUAGUGUUGUCAGUAAUAAUCCUGAUGAUGUUCCUCAAGCUACUAACGUGGAUCCAUUAACAGGUAAUGUGUAUCAAAACAAUUUUGAACAAAACGAUGAAUUAGCGUUCUCACUUCCGAAAUUUAUACCUCUACUAAUUGAACGUAUUUAUGCUAUUAAUCCAACCACAAGAAUGUUUUUGGUUGAUUGGAUAAAAGUCCUAUUGAAUGCACCAGGUCUUGAACUUAUAUCUUUUCUACCCUCUUUUCUGGGAGGUCUUUUGACAUUUUUAGGAGAUUCUCAUAAGGAUGUCAGAGUAGCAACACAAUCGUUACUAGAUUUAUUACUAAAAGAAGUUGUUAGGAUCUCAACGCUACAGAAUGAUAUACAGAAGAGGAUUGAAGAAAAAAUGGGAUUAUUAAAAGAGAGGAAUAUUUCAAUGAAGAAAGAAGAUGGUACUAUCAUUGCAGAAAGAAAAAAAUCAUUAAUGAAUGCGUUUGGAACGGAACAGAAAGUGGAGCCAAUUUCUAUAGAAUCCUCAGGUACAAGUAUUGCCAAAGAAACAUUGGAGUCCUCGUUAGGUGACAUAUCCGAUAUAAAUCAAUUGCGUGACGGGGAGGAAUAUAUUCCAGGUCAAGAUAUAAAUCUAAACUUUCCAGAUAUUAUUUCAAUUUUAGUGAAUAACUUAGCUUCAUCUGAACCAGAAAUUCAACUACUGACACUGAGCUGGAUGGAUGCUAUAUUAGGUCUCUCAUCUGAUGAUUUUAUCCCAUUUUUAUCCAAAAUUUUGUCUUUGUUAUUGAAGCUAUUAAGUUCUACUGAUCUUCACAUUAGCGAAAUAUCACAUAUAUUGAAUGAGAAGUUAUUGGUAUUGUGUUCAGACUAUGAUGAAUCCAAAAGUAAUGAUUUGAUUGCAUAUGGUUCCAUAGUAAACAGUUUGACUUUGAAGUUUUUUGAUAGCGAUGUGGAAGCCAAAGUUGCCUGUCUGGAUUGGUUAAUUCUGAUAUAUAGGAAGGCACCUACUGAAAUUUUAGAACAUAAUGAUAGCAUGUUCUUAACUUUAUUAAAAUCUUUGUCAAAUAAUGAUAUCAGAUUAAUUGAAAGGGCUCUGAAUUUGCUACAGAAUUUGUGCUCUAAGGCAAACGACAAAUAUUUAAGAAAAUUCUUAGAAAACUUUUUAAACUUGCUAAAGAAGGAUCCAAAGUUAUUGAAGUUGCGUGCAAACUAUAUCAUGAGAAAGAUUUGUGCAAGUCUAACGCCUGAGCGCGUAUAUAAAGUUCUAGCAUCUAUUCUGAAUGCGCAGGAAGAUGUCAUCUUCACCCGUAUGAUAAUACAGAUAUUGAGUACAAACUUACUCACUGCCCCAGAAAUGUCUAUGUUGAGAAGGAAACUAAGACAAUCAGAAGAUAUUAUGUUUUUCAAUUUACUUUUCAAAUCUUGGUGUCCAAACCCGGUAUCAGUUAUAGCACUUUGUUUCAUAGCGGAAAACUACGAGUUAGUUUAUGCCAUACUACAAAUAUAUUCAAACCAUGACAUCAAACUAAAUGAUUUAGUACAAUUAGAUAUCCUGAUUCAAUUUUUCGAAUUACCGGUAUUUACUAGAAUGAGGUUACAAUUAUUGGAACAACAAAAAUUCCCAUUUUUGUAUAAAUCAUUAUAUGGGAUAUUGAUGAUGCUACCUCAAUCAAAAGCUUAUGAUAUUCUAAAUAAGCGUUUAACAAGUGUAAAUGUGUGGGCGAACCAAUCUUUCCCCAAUACAACAUUUUAUAAACCAAGGGUUACGUCAGCCUCUGGUUCAAUAAGUGACCCUGAUAUUUCGCAAAGAUCAGUCGGACAAAGCAAACUUCAUUGUCAGGAAUUAAUGGAUCAUUUUGAUAAAGUCGUCGGAACUGAGGAUUUGUUCGAUGCGGAAUAUAUAUCUGCAAACAAUUCACAGCUUCCGAUCCUCGGAACAUUCCUUGAUUCUGCAGAUGUAGACAACGAAUCAUCUCUUCCGAAUAUUGGACAAAUAAUAUUGAGUAAUAACGAUAAUAUGGAUGUGCCUAAUGAUGCAAGCUCAGUAAUAGAGCAUAGUUUGACCCAUGAUGCCUCUACGACCUUAUCAUCUAGAAAUAUGUCCUAG